ACGCUCUCGUCACGCACGGCGCGCUGCCAUGGCGCCCAAGCGCGAGUCAAUUCUUACGGGAGUGGAGUGCAGGCACCUGGGACCGGUCGGCCUCGGGCUCGUCGCGGCCGUGCCCCUGCUAAAAUGCGGCACGGUGGUUCUCCAGGAGCGGCCCUACGCCACCGCGCUUCCUCCCCGCCCCGACUGCCCCGACACCUGCCGCAACUGUCUCAUGCGCAUCGCGCGCAAUACCAAGGGACUCAACACCUGCAAGUGGUGUCGCGGCGCGCACUACUGCUCCUACAAGUGCAGGUCCACGGACCGCCGGGCACACGUGGAGAGCGGCGAGUGUUGGUUGUUCGCACACGCGGAAGCGCUCAGUCUGGCUGCGCCAGAGGAGCUGCAACGGGAGGCGGUGCUAGCGCUGCGACACCUGGCCGCGCCCGCACCGCCGCCCCCACCCGCAUUGGCUGCCCACGUCCCCACCUCACCGCCGCCACCUCCAGCCCUGCUGCCCGGUGUCACCACCAGCUCGCCCGCCCUGGAUGCCGCUGCUGCUACAGCCGCCGCGGCUGCUGCCAUGUCUGCUACAGCCGUGGCGCCACAGCAGGCGCCACUAAGCGGCCACGAGGCCCUUCUAGCGGCGGGAUCUGAUUUGGACACGGAGCUGGGGCAGUGGCAGGCGGCGGCGCUGCGAGGAGCGGCGGCGGCUGUGGCGCAAGCUGGCGCGGGCGGUGCGGCAUUAGGUGCAGCAGAGGCAGGCGGUGCCGCGUGGCCGGGGGUGAAGGUGCUGGAAAGGAAGGUGGCUGCUGCGGGGGCGGCGGCGGGUGUGGGCGGUGGUCUGGCACUGCUGGCGGCAUUGCUGGUUCACGCCGGCAAAGCGGGCCACGCGGCGCGUAUCGCCCGACUGCGGUUUCGGGAGCUCCGCCUGCAGCGCCGCAGCGAGCGCCAGCAGCUGCAGGAGCGACGGAAGGCGGAGGCGGCGGCCGCGGCCACCCCCGCCGCGGCUGCACAAGGAGCACCGGCGAAGCCGGAGACGAAGCGGCGCAAGCGCAGCGGCAGCGGCUCUUCGUCUUCGUCGUCUUCCUCGGACCCUUCCUCUUCAUCUUCCGAGCCAGACACGUCCUCAGACGAUGACGACGCGGCGGCAGUUGACGCGGACGUUGUGGCGAUGUGGCUCCGCCGCCCCCACCUCCAGUCUCAGCAGCAGGGGCCGCCGGCGUCGCAGCUGCAACCGCAGCAGGCGGAAGUGCAGCGAGGCCAGGAGGAGGCUGUGGCCAGGCAGGCGUCUGCCCUGCAGGCCCUGCAGGCUGCGCUUCACGACAUGCGCUUAAACAGCUCAGAGCAGAGCGAAAACACGGACCAGGAGGUGGCGGGCGGGGCCGGAACCGGGGCUUCGGCGGCUGUAACGGCUGCGGCGGCUGCCGCGGCGGAGCUGCCGGCUCUCGUGGCGGUGGCGGCGCGGGCGGUGGUGACGGUGCUGGUGAAUGCGUUUGAGGUCGCAGCGCAUCCGCCGUACGCUGCGGGCAUGCUGGCGGCGGGUCGGGGCGCAGGUGCAGGAGGUGGCGGCGGCGGCAGCGGCAGUGCUGCGGGGAACCCCUACGGCACGCCGCUUGCUCUGUAUCGGUACGCCUGCCGCAUCAACCACUCCUGCCGGCCCACCGCCGCGCACCACUUCCGCGCCGGUGGUCAGGUACUGGUGCGCACCCUGUGCGACCUCAGCAGCGAAGGCGCUGCUGGCAGCAGCAGCUGCGUCACCGCCGCCACCACCACCGCCACCACCACCACCACCGCCCUGGGUAGCGGGAGCGCGGCGGACGGGCCCCAGGCCGCGGACACGUUGGGCGCAUGCAGCGCUGAGGUGACGCUGGCGUAUGUGGACACCAGCCUGCAGCGGCCGCGGCGGCAGCAGCAGCUGGUUGGCAAGUACGGCUUCGUGUGCCGCUGCGCCCGCUGCAGCCAGCCAGCCAGAGGCGCUGGAGCUGGAGCUGGAGCUGGAGCUGGAGCUGGAGCUGGAGCCGGGGCCGGGGCCGGGGCUGCAGUCGCAGGCGCCAAUGGUGACAGGGACGUGGCGGCAGACGUGCUGCUCGGCGGCCUGGAUGCAGACACCAGCACCCGGCCGGGAUCGGGGGAGGCAGCGGCGGUGCAGGUGGACGAGGGCGCAGCUGCGCCCUCUUCUGCGCGGGAAGAGGGCGCAGCUGCGCGGGAAGAGGGUGCCGACGCCAACAGCGCCGGGUCCCGGGCCGUGGCGGAACGCCGGCUGUGGCGGCUGGUGCGUCAGGGCCCGACGUGCGGGACGCCUGUGGCGGCGGCGGCGGCGGCGGACCAGUAUAGGCGCCUGGCAUCAGAGCUUGACGCGGCCGUGUACGGCGGCGCUGCGGCUGCUGCUGCGGCGGCGGUGGUUGUGCCAGCGGAAGAGUCGCCAUCGUCAGUUGCGGUCCCGAAGUCGCCAUUACCACUGCUGCCGCCGCAGCACGCCGCCUGCCUGGAUGCGUAUGUGCUGCUGGCAAGCUCGGCGCGCCGCGCCGCGCGGCUGGCCCGGCAGGACGCGGCUGUAGCACCAGGUGCAGGUGCGGAUGCUACAGCCGCGGGUGGGGGCGGUAGCGGCACGACUGCAGCGGGCGCGGCUGUAGCAGGUGGCCAGGAGGAUGCCCUGGCUGCGGUGCGGUGGUGGGCUCGCGCCACCUGUGCAUCGCUGGCUGGGGCGGCGGCGGCGGAGCGACUGCUGUCGACAGACAUGGCGCUGCUGCAACACGCCGCAGCCGCCUGGAGCCACGCCGCCAGCACCGCCGGCCAGCUGCUGUCGGCGGUGUUCACCACCGCUGCCGCCGCCCCCGCCAGAAACGCUGCAGCCGGGGGCUCGGGGGCCGCCGCCAUGCAAGGCGAGGAGGCUGGCGCGGUGGGUGCAGUGACGCAGGCGGUGCAGGAUGCGGUGGCGAGGGAGCGGCGGCGGCUGGAGCAGCAGCUGAGGGUCGAGCCCGCGGCGGACCGUGGCGAUGGCGACAAAGGCGGUGACCAAGGCGAGUGUGGUCGGCGGCGCCCGCGGGACAGCGAGGAGGGCGAGGACGGCGGGGCUGAUACCAAGCGCCGGCGGCGGCAGGCGGAGGAAGGGGCGUGCAGGCGCUCUGAGCGGGAGCGUGGGCGGCACCGGUCGCCGGAGCGGACCACGGACCGGCGGCGUGAGGACAGCAGGGAGCGAGGCGUGAAGGAUCGUCCAAAUGCACUCGAGCGGGAGCGAGAGCAGGAGAGGGAGCGUGGGCACGAGCGCAGCCGGGAGCGCAGGAGAGACAGCGGUUGUGAAUGGGAUCGCUCUCGGGAGCGGGACUGGGAGCGGGAGCGGCAACGGGAGCGGGAGCGAGGGCGUCUGCGGGAGGAUGUGCUGCGACGGAAGCGUGCCCCGUCGCCGCCGGCUGACGCAGCUGCGGCUGGUAGGGACACGCCCGGAAGCCCCGCCGCUGCUGCCCUGCUACCCCGCACCUACAACUACAGCGCGCCGGUAUGCCUGGCAGCGGCAUGCGAUUCGCUAUUCCGUGCCUGUAGCCGUCUGGCAGCUACGGAUGGCAGCAGCGGCGGCGGCGGCGGUGGCAGCUGCGCCGCCGCCAGUGCUGCCAUGGCUGACUGGCUGCAUCUCUACCCGUCGUCCGAGCUGGCGGCUGCAGCGGCGGCGGCCGCAGGCGCGUGUGCGGAGGCGGGCGCGGACGUGGCUGUAGCAGAAGCCGGGGCGCUUGCUGCUACUGCCGGCGUGGCGGCGGCGGCGCUGGCGCACUGCCUGGCUCGGGUGCACCUGCUGCUGCGGCUGCUGCUGGGAGAGGCGCACGGCGCCUGCGAGGCCGCGGCUUUCCUGCCGUACUUCUGCGAGGGGCUGCCGUACGAGGUGGCGGCGGGUCUGACGGAGCUGUCGCAGCGGCUGCUGGCGCGCCGCCACGUGCCGCACGUGCCGCUGGGGCUGGGGCUGGGGCGCGGCGGGUAGCAUGGGCACUUUGGCAGUGUGGGCUGCCCGGGUGAUUGCGGACUUGUGGUUGCCUGGUUGGUGUUGAUGUGUCGCGGUCGCGUGCCUAUUGGAGUGGUGGGCUGUCCAAUUAGACCGUACUGCCCAUGUGUGCGUAUUUAUGGUCCGUGUUUUUGGACAGGGCCCCACUACUUUCCGAUUUGAGGGCGGCAGCACAGAGCCCUUUGUGAGGCCGAGACCCCUAAAACCAGGGCCAAAGUGUACACCGUGAGCACUAAUACAGAAUACUUAUUGACAGCAUGGUAUACUGGCCAUGGUGGCGGCACAACACAUGCAUAAGCACAAGCGCGUCUCGAGACGCUGUUGUGAGGUUGCAUCUCACCCCGAUGCAAUGGACGGAGGCGUGAGAGGCACCCAGGGCAAUUACACGAGGUGACAGGACACAUGCUGCUCUGCAGCCAACGUGACAGGACGCGCGCAGCACGCGAGGGCACGCACAGUCCACACGUGCCCCAUGACCUCCUCCUGCCUCCUGUGCCCCAACUAUUUGUCCAUUGCUUACGUACGCAACAUACAUAUUACCAUUUUACCAGUGCUUUUUGCUGUGGGGUCCACCUGCACCGGACCUUGGGGUGAAACACCACUCGGUUCACCCCCGUGUCAUUCACCAUGCACCAUGCUUCCACCCGACUACCCUGGCUUGCCGCCACUGCGCUGGAUCCCUGACGCACACACGACUGCAGCGCAUGACUACCUCACACUAGAAGUCCUUUGAUGCCCCUUGCAGUGACGGCCGAGACAUGCGCACGCACAUGGACAUGUCUGGGCCAGAGCACGCAGAGCUAGUGGCAGGGCCUGCUCAUAUGCUAAUUUUAUGUCACAAAUAACAGAUAGAAGGCUGAAAAGCGGCGCGCAAGGUGGAGUAAGGAUGGGCUCGGCACCGUCAGCCCGAUUGGCGUCGCCCGAGCUCGUCGCGCCUAGCUUGUAAGCAUUAUAGCAUGCUAUUUAUCCUAAUUGGUCACAGGAACCACCAGUAGAGGCACAGGAAGCGUGUAGAGUGGGAACCAAAAUUACUAGGC